GUAGACCCCACCCCAAAUCCCACCCACUCUCCAUCAUUGCUUUGAGCUACGAGAAGGAGAGGCGACCAUGCCUCCACUAUUCCACAACACUCUCCCUCUCCCACUACAGAAAUCCUCAACAAGUGCAAAUCACACCUUUCAACUGCCCAAUCAAUAAACCUUCAUCCCACCAUCAAAACACCCUAAAUAUAUAAAGUGGUCAAUUUUUUACUGUAUUUCCACUGCAUUGCAUCUCCCACAACUCCCCAGGGAAAAAUAAAAAGAAAAAAGAAAAAUCCCAUCGCCUUUCAAAGUCUCAGGCUUUUCGCCUGCAAUGGGGUUUGUCACCUGCUGGUUUCUCCAAUCCGGCCCAAACCCCACACUCCCUUUAGCAUUUAGCAUCAUGAAAUUUCCAUUUCUCAACCAAAUCCCAAUUUCUCACUCUCAGUCCCACUGAAACACUCCUCAGCAGAAUCCCAGAUGCAAAUCCCAUCUACUUCCCAAAUCCCUCUCUGAAAAUCCUCACUUUCCCUAAUGCCAAAAUCUGUAGAAAACCAGGAUGAAGUCCACACGCAGAGCAUCAAGAUCUGCACUCCCAUCCAUUUCUGGCCGCAUUUAGCGACACCCAUCAACCCUUUCAACGAUCUCUUCACUCUUCCCAUGAAGCGCUCUGUCCGCCCAUUAUUCAGCAUUCUCCUCCUCAUUGUGUUCGCCGCCAUGCUGAGCUGCCGGAACGCCGUCCGCCAUAGCUUUGAGCUCGAGAAUAAGGUGCUAAUCCAACCGUCGAGGCCGGUGUUCAAUGCCACUCUGCUCAGAUUCGCCGCCGUUGAUGCAGGUGAAGCUCAAGCCAAGAAGGAGAUUGAGCAGCUGUUGGAGGGUAACUUUGCCAGUCUCGGAAAGUACCGGACUUUCGCUUCGUGGAGGCGAUUUAAUCACCAUGAUAUCAGAGCGAAGACGUCCACUGGAUUGCCGGUAAUGCUCCGCUCUCCCCGAUUCUAUCGUUAUUGGUUGGAUUUUAGGAGGGUUUUGAGUGAUUGGUCGAGAAACAAACGGUUUCAUGCUGAUGUUAUGUUGGAUUUAGUCAGACUUGUUAGGAAUCCCAUUGAUAGGCACAAUGGCUUGGUGGGUUCGGAGCAACGGCGCUAUUCGUCGUGUGCGGUUGUCGGAAACAGUGGGAUUUUGUUGAAGAGUAAUCAUGGAGCUCUCAUUGAUAGUCAUGAGGUUGUCAUUCGAUUGAACAACGCGAGGAUCCAGAGUUUUUCGGAGAAAGUUGGCUCGAAAACCAGCAUUUCGUUUGUAAAUAGUAACAUUUUGCAUCUUUGUGCUCGGAGAGAUGGUUGCUUUUGCCACCCUUAUGGACUGAAUGUGCCUAUGAUUAUGUACAUUUGUCAACCGGUGCAUCUCUUCGAUUACACGAUAUGCAACAUGUCCCACAAAGCGCCGUUGCUUGUGACUGAUUCUCGGUUUGAUAUGUUGUGCGCGAGGAUUGUGAAGUAUUAUUCGUUGAAGCGGUUUGUGGAGGAGACGGGGAAGUCGUUUGAGGAGUGGGGGGCAGUUCAUGAUGGUUCCAUGUUUCAUUACUCUUCCGGUAUGCAGGCUAUUAUGCUUGCUUUGGGAAUUUGUGACAAAGUUAGUGUUUUUGGAUUUGGGAAGUCGGAUUCAGCGAAGCAUCAUUAUCACACGAAUCAGAAGGCCGAGCUUCGAUUGCACGAUUAUCCAGCGGAGUACGCGUUCUAUCACGAUUUAGCCGAGAGACCGCAGGUAAUACCGUUCCUUUCGGACAAGUUCAACAUUCCUCCCGUGGUUCUAUAUCAAUGACAUUUUGGGAGUUGAAUCAUUUGCUUUUGUGGAAUCAGUUGGCUUGAAUUGUUGCACUGUUAGUGUUGUAAUUGUAGUCUUCAACAGCAGUUGUUGAAGAUUAAUGUUUUAACACUUUGAGCCUCUACUAUCUAAGAUAGUUUUGGGAAAUAUCAACUGUAAAAUUGGAAUCCAAAUCAGGUUAUCAUCUGUUUUUUGAUUGAA